AUGGAACAGGCAUCAUGGCAGCUCUCAUCAGCCACGGGAUGCAAAAGGAGUUUCAGCAAUGCGUCUCCUCCUGCUCAGGCUAGUUGGGAGUCCUUGCUUGCACAGCGUAAGCGGCUGAAGCAUUGUGAGACGGAUGUGCCGGUUUGGGGCGAGCCUUGCGAGCCUUCCAUGUGGGGAGCUUUGGAAAGCCCCAAGCAAGCAAAGCCGAACUUCCAGAUCGACUUUCAGCUCUCUUCUUCUACCGUCCGUGUAGAAAAUGGCCUCCACUUGGCAGCCUGUGUCCCGACACUUUCUGCCCUUUUGCAAGAAGAAUCGCAAUCGCCCAGCUUGAGAAGUGUUGAUCUUAGCUCGGCGAAGAUCUGCAAAGAUGCUUUGCUGGUGGCACUUCGCUUUGCUUCUGCCGGUCCCGGUGCAAACGAAGAAGACUCGCGACUUUGGACGUCCAGCCCGCAGAGUCCACGACCGAUUGCACGUGCUUCCCCGCCCGAGGAGGUGUCGAGGGUGGAGGAAGCUUUGUGCUGCUUCGACGUGCUGCGAGCGGCCAAGGUCCUGGGUCUUCCGCGCCUAGAGGAGGCAGCGAGGGGACGACUAGAAUCUGGAAGAAGCAGAAGCCGUAUUUCCUCUCGCUCCGACGGUGUGGGUGUGCUGCCGCUGCCAUUGUUGAACGAGGCUUCUGCCAUGCCACUUCUGGCUGCAAGUUUUGGACAGGAGAAGUGCAUCUCCCAAUGCUGCCUACGGUUCCUGAACUGUCGAGGCAGGGACCAGGUUUUGCAGGGUCGUGAGCGACAGCUUGGUGUAAUCUAUGCUACACAGCCGGUGGUCGGUGCCAUCCUGUCUGGCAUUUUCAAAGAGGCUGCACCGGCUUUAACCUCAGCACACAGUGGCACAGCGGCUUCACCUGUUCUUUUGGAUUUGUUGUUUGGCCCAAGCCGUGCUCUAAAGCAGACCCAGCCCGUUGACUUGAAAUCUGUCCGGGACCUUUUGAGCUCUGGCCCUAUGGGACACAGCGAUCGUGAGAGAAUAGCCGUCGACGGGAGGCAGCUCUUCUUCCGGGGCGACCCAGAGGUCAUCUUACAAGCUUGCGAGCAGAGGGAUGUGGAUGAGACUUUGUCUCUGGCAGAGCUGAAGGAUUUGCGCUUUGUGCUGUUCCCGGAGACAGGCAAAUGGAGCAAACGUCUGGCCAGUCACCGCAAUGCUGACAGCUCGAGGGUCACAUUGAACCUAGAGCGGUGGGAGACAGAACAGGUGGCAACAGGCGCCAUGGAUCACAGGGUGGCAGAAGUGGCGGACGAUUCUGACAGAUGA